ACCAUUGACGCUGCAAGAAAAUUAAUUCAAUUAAGACGCGAUAAUCAUGACGAUUUUGAGUUCGUAUCAAACAAUCGCCAUGAAAGAAUAUGGAAAACCUUAUUAAAUCGAUUGUUUCUUAAUAGAGGGUUCACCGCUUCUCUUUCUCAAUAUCGUAGGAAAUGGUACUCGUUGAAAUACAGAUGCGAAAAUCUCAAGAGGUUGGAAGCUGGGGAGAAUCCUUACGACUAA